GGCAUUUGUUUCAGACAUCGAACAGCCCAGCAAGCGGAUACAGUCAUCUAACAGUUUUAACAGCCGAGCAUCUGCACGUUGAGUGGAAAGAUUUAAAAAUUUCAAUCGUUUUAUUGCGAAUCUCUGUACCCACUUCAAAAGUUUGAUAACAAACAAAAUGGCAGUCAAGUUCUCUAUCCUGCUCGCCGUCUGUGUGUGUCUAGCAGCGACAUCCGCCAAGAAGAAGGGCGGAAAUGAUUAUGGAAGUUAUGGAGCCAGUUACGCCCCCGCUUAUCCAGCCCCCGCUUACUCAGCUCCUUCCUAUUCAGCUCCUUCCUAUUCUGAACCUUCCUAUUCAGCUCCUUCUUAUUCUGAACCUUCUUACGCUGAACCUUCUUACGCUGCUCCUUCUUACGCUGCUCCUUCUCUACGCCGCUCCCGCAUACUCUCCUCCUGCCUACUCUGCUCCUUCUUAUUCGGUUCCUUCUUAUUCGGCACCUUCUUAUUCUGCACCUUCCUAUCCUUCCGGUAAAGGUAAAAAAGGCGGCAGAAAAGGUAGAAAACCACUGAAGGAAUUAUUGAAGGCCAUCAAAGGCAGCGAUAUUGACUUUCACGCCCUCGUUGCAACCCUUUCUUCUUUAACAGGAGACUAUUCCGCAACUUCCUACGACUCUUACUCCGCACCGUCGUACUCCGCUCCAUCGUACGCCGCUCCAUCUUACGGCAAAGGAAAAGGCAAGAAGGGAAGCGGAUAUUCUAGCUACCAGCAGCAGCCAUCGUACGCUCCAGUCUACGCCGCCGCCCCGGCUUACUCCGCACCGGUUUACUCCGCACCGGUGUACUCGGCUCCAGUUUACGCUGCCCCGGUUUACGCCUCAGCUGGCAAGGGUAAAGGCAAGAAAGGAGGUAGUUACGCUCCUUCUUACCCUGCUCCUUCCUACUCCGCCCCGAGUUAUUCCCCACCCGCCUACUCUGCCCCGAGUUAUUCCGCACCCGCCUACUCUGCCCCGAGUUACUCUGCACCCGCCUACUCUGCCCCGAGUUACUCCGCACCCGCCUACUCUGCCCCGAGUUACUCCGCACCCGCCUACUCUGCCCCGAGCUAUUCCGCACCCGCCUACUCAGCUCCGGCUUACGAGGCACCUUCUUACACCGCCCCAGAUUACGGAGCUUCGUCUUACGAAGUUCCUAAACCAGCUUAUUAGGUAUUAAACAAAUAAUUGUAGUAGAAAGAAGGGGGGGCAGAAAGAAAAGAAAGAAAAAAGGAAGUCGGAUUGAUUUUUUUGCUUGUGUGUUCCCGGCCUCUUAAUUCUAAUUCUUUCCCCCCACCCAACCCCCCUAAACUCAGAGAUAUAUAAUAUUAUACGUCAUCAGAGAUAUUUCAAACAAAUGAUUUGAAAUUGUAUGCCAAUAUCUUCUACCCCCCCCCCCCCUAUACUCCAUCCACAAAAAAUCUCUUUUUUCUUCAUUUUCAGCCAGAGUCCACUCAGUUUUAUAUAUAAUAUUUAACAUCAAUUUACAUGGCAGUCAACCAUUCAUGAGUGUAUAUAAUAAUAUAUAAUAUAUAUUAUCUAAUUCUGAUCGCGCUCAAAUUAAAGAAAAAUAUUGUCCAGGUUUAAAUGUCAAAAACAUUAAAAUCUAAACGAUAAAUCCGCCCAAAUACCCCCGACCAGAUUCUAUAUAUAUAUAUACAUCAUAUUUUCACCUUAUAUAUUAUACACAUGUAUUUAUAUAUAUUUGUAUGCUCGAGUUGAUCGAAUAACAUUUAUAUAUAUUUAAUUGCCAAAUAUACCGUCUCGACCGAGACCCACACAUUGAA